CUCCUGUUGUUCCUCUCGCUGCUGUCCCGCCGCCGGGCCGGGGCCGGGGCCGGGGGCCCGGGCAGCAGCAGCAGCAGCGACGUGCGGCGCAGGCUGCGGAUCAGGCGCUACUUCCAGCAGCGGCAGAAGAAGAUGAUUUUGUAUUGUCAGGACAAAUGGAAAGAUCUUUGUUGCAGUUGGCUGCACAACCUGUGACGUGGAAGUAAUUAAUUCUGAUAUUGGGUGCCUGAAAUGAAAAGUGUUCAACAUUGAAUGCAAUCAUUGCCAGGAUUUCCUUUUGCAUGCUAUGGUACCAUCACAUCUCAAGGCAGGAAUUAGCUGUAAUGAUGGUGAUGGCACGUGGAGGUAGUAUCUGUAACUACCGUACAAGAAUCUGGUGUAAGCCACGGAGUUCAGACUGGUGGGAACGUGUGGUUUUGAAGGAAUUUCAGCCAAGUGAUUGGCUGGAAAAUUUCAGAAUGUCUAAAGAAACAUUUUUUCAUGUCUGUAACCAACUGAAGCCCAUGGUUUCUCGCCGAAACACUCACCUACGUCCUGCGCUGCCCCUGGAAAAGAGGGUUGCAGUGGCAUUUUGGCGACUUGCUACCAAUGUGGAAUAUAGAAUUAUUAGCCAUUUGUUUGGGAUAGGCCGUUCAACUGUGUGUAAAUGUGUAAGGGAGGUGUGUCAUGCCAUCGUGUCUCUUCUCAAACCCUUGUAUCUUAGGCUGCCUUCUAAUGAAGAAUUUGAAAGUAUGGCUCAGACAUUUAGCAGGAAGUGGAAUUUCCCCCAGUGUGUCGGGGCUAUUGACAGUUGUCACAUACCCAUCAUUGCCCCGCCACAAUAUCACAAAGAUUACUUGAAUAAAAGAGGGUGGCAUUCUGUUGUGUUACAAGGUGUAGUUGAUGACACUGGGAAAUUCUGGGAUGUCUGUACUGGAUUUUCUGGUAGUUCUCUUGAUACGAAAAUUCUGAGGAAUUCUGAUCUAUGGAGAAUGGCUACAGAAAGGAGGUUGUUCCCUGACUGUUCAAGAAACAUUAUAGGCACUCCAGUGAAAUAUCUACUAAUAGGCAGUUCUUCAUAUCCACUACAGGAGUGGCUGCUGAAGCCAUAUUCAGAAACUGAAACACUAACACCACAUCAGCUUGUGUUUAACUAUAGGUUAAGUCAUGCUCGCACUGUUAUAGAUGAUACAUUUGGACGGCUCAAAGCACGUUGGCAGUGUCUUCUCAAGAGGAAUGACUGUAGCCUUGAACUAAUUCCAACAAUGAUCACUGCCUGUUGCAUUCUUCACAAUAUAUGUGAGAAACAUAAUGAUGGUUUUAACAGUGAAUGGCUGAGUGUUCUCGGGCAGGAGGAAUUUCCUCAACCAAAGCAAACGGUGUCAGAUAGAACAGUUGAUAGUCAAGCUGAAGAAAUCCGUGAGGUACUGUCUGUUUACUUUAUGGGUCUACAGGGAAGAUAGUUGUCUAUUAAUUGUAGAAUUUUUAGAAAUUGUAAAUAAUAUUUUUAAUACAGGUAUUAAAUAUUGAAUAGGAAAGUCUUGAUAUUGUGUUUAUGAUAUGCCAUUAAAAUAAAACUCCAUUUGCCUCUUAUUACAGGUAAAGCUUGUUGCAUUUGUUACAUACUAAUGACAUUUUGCAAUAAUUUGGUUAAACACAAUCAAAUAGAUUUUUGU